AUGGAAUGCGUUAAGCGUAAUAUCGGCCAUCUCUGCACCAAAGAUGAACGUCAACCGCGGGCCAAACGGACCAAAACGGAUCAUAGUAGCAAGAACAACUCCAAGGGAAAUUCAUCGCCGACCCAGGAUGGAGAGACGGACGCAGAAGAGACAGCACAAAUCUUGGAACACUUUGUCGAUGGCAUCCCUCGUCCCACUACCUUUCCCUCCAUGGUGCUGGGACCGACGCUGUCGUCCGUGGCGCCUGACUGCCCGAAUCGAUAUUGGCUGAACAACGAUCCGCAGCGACAGGGCGAAAAGAUGACAUUGAUACAGGAGAUCGUCAAUGAUAUGCCGGAGCUGGACGUGAUUUCCCUCCUCUACGAAGUCUUUGUUACUCGUUGUCAGGGCCCCUUGGGAAAUGUCACCCACGUUCCGUCCUUUAUGAAACAGGCAGAGCAAUUUCGUAGCUGUUUGAGUCUUGCUUCCCCAGACGCACGGGUCAUGGCGCUGUCAAGUACUGUUUCCAUGGAUGCAUUGGCUCGUUAUCUUCUCGCGCUUGUAUUGGGCCUCUCUUUUCAUCCAACGCCGUCGCUGCUGGGCUGGACUCCGACUCCCCUGACUCUGCGCGUGGAGGAGCUUCGGGCAUCCGAUGCACAUAUUAAAACCUGGAGAUCCCUCGCCCUGCGCUGUCUUCAGGGAGGGGCUUCUCUCUUCUGCGGCUCGAUUAUCAGCCUACAGGCUGCUGUUAUGAUCCUGCUAGAUGGCCAGGAAGGCUCACUGGCGCUCGAUGCUGUGCUGGUCACUGCAAUCUCUGGAGCUCGAAAGCUCGGUUUACAUCGGCUAGGUGACGUCAGAUUGGAUGCCUCUGCAUCGCGCAACGGUUCAUUGCAUAAUGGGUCUGCAGCAUCAACGGAUCCGCCGCUGCAUGUCCGCACCGAAGUCGGAGUGCGAAUCUGGUGGGCACUUGUCAUGCGAGACUGGUCGCGUGGCCAGGCCCUCGGCUACUAUACGGUUCAUCCCUCCCAAUUCAACACUCGGAUGCCGCUGCAUAUCAAUGACGAUGAUCUCUGUCUGUCAACCUGGAGGGUCAGUGUCAACGGCGACAUUGCUGAGCGACCUCGAACCGAGUUCACCAUGCUUUCGUACACUGUUCAUGCGCUGGAGCUGGCGAGCAUCGUGCGAGAAUCCAUUGACUUGGGUAUUCCCGUUUCCCAAUCGCAACAUCCAGAUCCCACCACUGAAGCAGCCAAGAUGCGUAAACAUCUGACCAGCAAGUAUGAGAAGUAUGUUGCGGGCCUUCCGUCGUACUUUCGAUUGGGAAGUACGGUCGGCCUCACGGCCACUGGCCCCAUGGCUGCGAUCCCUGUGCAGCGAUGGAUGCUGCACCAGCAACUGUGGAGUUUACUUCUCCGACUGCACCGGGCCAAUCUCGCCUCUCCGGUCGGCCGCGCGUCCUGCCAGCUACUGGCCCAGAAUAUCAUCGGUACACAAGCACAAAUACAAGCGCGAUGCGCGGUGUGCGGUUCUCUAUCUACUAGCGAAAUCCAGCUGUUCAACGCGGCAGUGGUUUUGCUCAUCGAUCUACUGUUUACAUUGAACUCGAAGGAUGCAGAUUGUUCCAGCGCCCAGCUGAGUCGACUGAUGACGCGAGACAAAGUUCGAGAGGCGAUCGAGCUGCUUCGGACAAAGAGCAUCACUGAAGGGUCGAGUCUCCACGAUCUCCAUCUGGAUCAAGUCAAAGGCACCGCACAGCGAAGCGUUGUUGCCCUCGAAGCCUUGAUGAAGCUCGAGGAAGAGGAGUCCGAUGACCCCCGGGACGGUCAGUUGGCCAACACAACAGGGAGCCAGGCUCCAGUGGGUGGGUCCAACGGCACGGCGAAGGAUUCCCUCAAAAUCAAGGUUGGCAGCAUCCUGCGCACAUUAGACGGGAGGAGCGAGACCACUGCUCUUCCUUUGGAAAGGGAGCCAACAACCGUCGAUCCAUUCUCGCCUGUUGAUAUGUCGAUGCCUUUCUCCAACGUCUCGGAAGGGUUUCCAGACUUGGACGUGUUGCCCAUUCUGUCCAACGACCUCAGCCCUAAUUUCUGGCAAUUCUUGGAUUUCCCUCCACCGCCGCCCGAAUUUCUUAGCAAAGACGGCGUGUUCGGAACGCCUGGCGAUUUGCAUGGCCUGGUUGGUCUGCGAUCGUUUCCGUCUCCGUCUGGCGCCACGCAGUCAAUGCAUAGCCGAGGGACCCCUCACUUUGGUGAUGCCUACAGUAGCACGGCAGGCACACGCAUGACCCAUACGUCCCCCUCAUCCCUGGAAGGCGAAUCGCUUGGGCUGGCUGGUGGGAGUGAUUCUGCAACAACACCGUCUAGCGCUGACGCAUACGUUGCUGCCAAGUUUUAUUAUGCCUUGGGGGAUGGGACUCUGCCUUCGCUCUAG